AUGAACAACCAAACAUUCAACAUGGAUCUGCUGCAGCUGGAGGGGUUAAAGGUCACGGCCUCCUCCUCCAUCCUCGCCUUCGUCCUCCUCCUCCUCAUCUAUGUCUUCAUCAUGGUGUCCAACCUGGGCCUGGUGGUGCUGAUCUUCAUGGAGCGCAGCCUGCAGCAGCCCAUGUACCUGCUCGUCUGCAACAUGAGCGUUAACGACGCGUUCGGGGCGACGGUCGUCAUCCCUCGCCUGCUGAGCGACAUCUGUAUUCCAGCUGGCGAGCGGUUUAUCUACUACAUCGACUGCGUCAUUCAGGCAUUCUGCGGUCACGUUCACGGCGCCACCUCCCACACCGUGCUCAUGAUCAUGGCGUUCGACCGCUACGUGGCCAUCUGCAACCCGAUGCGGUACUCCACCAUCAUGACCGGCAGGAUGGUGGCGGCGCUGUCGGUGGCGGCGUGGGUGGUGGCGUUUGUCUUGAUUGCAGUCAAUGUCGGCCUCAGCGUGCGCCUCUCACGCUGCAGGUCAGUUGUUUUAAACCCGUUCUGCGAUAACGCAUCUUUGUUCAAGCUGUCCUGCGAGGACGUCCUCAUAAACCACAUCUACGGGCUCAUCAGCGCCAUGGGCAUGAUGUCCGUGUCCCUGUGCAGCGUGGCGCUCACCUACCUGAGGAUUGCCAUCGUGUGUCUGAGCAGCAAGAACACCUCCGUGAACAGUAAAGCUCUGCAGACCUGCGCCACCCAUCUGCUGGUCUACGUCAUCAUGCUGUUUUCUGGCUUCGUCAUCAUCACCCUGCAUCGGUUCCCUCACUUGUCGGACGAGAGGAAGCUGGCGGCCAUCCUGUUCCACGUGGUUCCUCCGUCCAUGAACGCCAUUAUCUACGGACUGCAGAUCAAAGCAGUCAGACAAAGGGUUAUGAUUAUAUUUAUCAGGAAGAAAAUAGCUGUGUCAGAGGUCAAAUGACAUUAAUGAUCAAAUGUAACGUCAGAAAAACACUGAGACGAACUUCAUCUGGUGG